AUGCGACUGGUGGUGUUGGUCUCUGUGGUGUGUGUGGCCGGCCUGGCCACCGCCCUUCCUCAGAAGAAUUCUCACGAAAGAGGCAACCAGAGGUUCUUCCUUCCUAAUUUAGUGGGAGCUGCCGAGGGGGCCAUUUCCGGUUUCCUUAACCCCUACGGCAAUGGCUAUGGUAAUUUAGGAGGCUUCGGAUAUGGUGGCUACAACCCGUACCUCGGAGGUGGCUAUGGACCUGGCUUCGGGCCUGGCUUCGGGCCUGGCUAUGGGCCUGGCUUCGGGGGCGGCUACAAUCCCUAUUUUGGAGGCGGGGCCUUCAAUAACCCAUAUUUUGGGUAG